AAUAGAUCUUAGAGAAAGCAGUCAUGUGUUUCAUCACUGGCUAUCUGUGUAACUGUCUGACCGGUGGCAAUCUUUGUGAACCAUGCAGGAUGACGGCCAAAGACCGGGAAACGGAGGAAGCCCACCUGUCCAACAACAUAAACGCACUGGGUCAGACGGGGAGCGUGAGUGAACCCGACCUGAACAGCUCGUCCACGGAGGUCGUGAGGGAGCGAGGCCGAAACUGGGGAUGGAUGGUGUCAGCGAUCAUCUGCGUAAACAUUUUGAUCCUGGGCUGUGCCUUAGUCAGCGGCAGCGCUUACAACAAUGUCAAAAUCAGCACCCCUGACCUGCAGGUUUUCCUCAUCAUCAUCCUCCUCCUCACCUCCAUCUGGAUGGUUUAUUAUUGCAUUUACACAGUCAGGACAGAAAAUGCUGUCAUUUACAAGGAUGACCAUGCUGGACCUGUAUGGCUCAGGGGAGGACUUGUGCUAUUUGGACUCCUCAGUAUUAUCAUGGACAUUUUCAAGAUAGCCAGCUACGUGGGAUACCUCCACUGUGAUUCUGCUGUUAAAGUUGCAUUCCCUGUGAUACAACUUAUUUUUGUACUUAUACAGACAUACUUUUUGUGGAUCCAUUCCAAAGACUGUGUGCAGCUGCAAAGGAACGUUACGCGCUGCGGGUUGAUGCUAACCCUUUCUACAAAUCUAGUUUUAUGGAUGACGAAUGUCACAGAGGAGUCCCUUCACCAAACAGUUCUUCCCGACUAUCCAGACUCCUAUCCAGACAACACCACUAAACUGUCUGGACGAAACCUGUACAUCAGCAAAGCGGGUUAUGGAGACGAAAAGUGCAAGUGCAGCCACACAUCAUGCAGCAUCUUCAAGGAGGCCUACUACUACCUGUACCCUUUCAAUAUCGAGUACAGCCUGUUUGCCUCGGCCAUGGCCUACGUCAUGUGGAAAAACGUAGGCCGAGUAGCAGCCGAGCAUGGCCACCACAACAUCAAAUUUAGUCUAAAGGAUAUAUUUCUUGGUCCCGUUUUCGGAAUCUUCUUAGUAAUCACAGGUCUGGUUACAUUUAUUGUAUACGAGAUGGAGAUGAAAAAAGAUGAAUACGACGACAAGAAGAAGGACACAGCGGUGAUGAUGCACUUUGUCAUGAAUAUAGUCAUAGUGACCCUGAUGUCUGUGUCCACUGUGAUCGGCUGUGCCAUCUACAAGAUAGAUCACAGGGAACACGUGUCAGAGAGAAACCCCACGCGCAGCCUGGAUGUGGGGCUGCUGGUUGGAGCCUCGAUGGGACAGUUCAUCAUCAGCUAUUUCAGCAUCGUAGCUAUGGUUGCAACUGGAGCCAAAGGCUACCUGAACGGUCUCAACCUGGCCUGGGCUAUACUGAUGGUGCUCCAGCUUGGCCUGCAGAACUUUUUCAUAAUUGAAGGUCUACAUCGAGAACCCUUCCAUGAAAUAGAACCAGUCACUGUUGUUCCAAAUCCAUACGUGCUGGAGCCAGGCAAAGAUCUCAGCAUCCUUGAAGGACCAGACAUGGACACAAAAUCCAACCCUGCGCCCACAUCGCACAACCACACGACUGAGCACAGACACAAGCUGUCAUGGAAGCGACGGGUGUUGAAGGAAGUCUGUGUGUUUCUGCUGCUGGGAAAUGUCAUCCUGUGGAUCAUGCCUGCAUUCGGUGCACGUCCCCAGUUUGAUCACGACACUGAAACUGAAUUCUACAAAUUCAACAUGUGGUCUGCUGUCGUGAAUAUUGGACUUCCUUUUGCCAUCUUUUACCGAAUGCACUCAGUCGCCAGUCUGUUUGAGGUGUUUCUGUGCUCAUAGCACAGGAGCAUAUGAGUACGGCAAACGUCUUUAAUAUUGUAAAACUUUUUUGUAUAAACUGUGAUUUCUUUAAUGAUUUAUUUUUUCUGUAUAAAAUUGUGAAAUAUAAUUUGACUGACUAAUAUCCUUCCUUUGAUGUUUCCCAUGUUGUAGCACGUGAUGAUGUUAUGUUCAAAAGUUACGAAAAUAUUUAAUUGUGAAGCUGAUCUUGUAUGACUUGAGUUAUGUUCCAGGAUGUGUAUGCACAAAAUAAAAGUAAGCAAUAAAGUAAACAGAGUAAAAGA